AUGGCCUCCAACGGCAGCGGCGGUGGGGGGCUCCGCCACAGCAACAGCAGCCACCUGUCGCGGAUGUCCUACUCCGGCGGCGGGGGCGACGACACCCGCGCGCAGGCGGCCGUCCCCGGCGACCGUCCCAUGGUCACCUUCACUCGCCGCACGCACUCGGGCCGCUACGUGAGCUACUCCCGCGACGACCUCGACAGCGACCUCGGCAUCGGCGGCGACAUGUCGCCCGACCGCGAGGAGCAGCAGCAGCAGCAGUACGCGAGCUACCACGUGCACAUCCCGGCGACGCCCGACAACCAGCCCAUGGACCCGGCCAUCUCGGCGCGCGUGGAGGAGCAGUACGUCUCCAACUCGCUCUUCACGGGCGGCUUCAACAGCGUCACGCGCGCGCACCUCAUGGACAAAGCCAUCGACUCGGAGGCCUCCCACCCGCAGAUGGCGGGAGCCAAGGGAUCCUCCUGCGCCGUCAACGGAUGCGACGCCAAGGUCAUGAGCGACGAGCGCGGCGACGACAUACUCCCCUGCGAGUGCGACUUCAAGAUCUGCACCGAGUGCUUAGCGGGCGCCGUCAAGAACGCUGGCGCCGUCUGCCCGGGAUGCAAGGAGCCCUACAAGAACACGGAGCUCGAGGACGUCGUCGGUGCCGCCGAUGCUAACGCCGGGGCAGGUAGGCCCACGCUGUCGCUGCCCCCGCCGCCUGGCGCCGCCACGUCCAGGAUGGAGAGGUGGCUAUCCAUUAUGCGCUCCCAGAAGGCCAUGACCAGGAGCUAG